AUGUCCUUGCAGAACCUACAGACUUACGGUGCGCUGUUUGUUUCUUUUCUUUUACUUUCUUCUACAGAUCCGUUCGCUGAAGAAGGUGAGUCCACUUCAGAGGGGAAAUUCGUCCACAUCCGCAUUCAGCAGCGCAACGGUCGAAAAACAAUUACUACUGUUCAAGGAUUACAUGAGAAAUACGAUAAACGGAAAAUCCUUAAACAAUGCAAGAAGGAGUUUGCAUGCAAUGGGACUGUUGUUGAUCACGAGGAAUAUGGCGAAGUCAUCCAGCUUCAAGGUGAUCAGCGUGAACACAUGAAAAAGUUCCUCUGCACUUGGAAAUUGGCAACCCCGGAAGGAAUUAAGCUUCAUGGGUUCUGA